GUUCCCUAAGCGUGGGGACGUGGAAGGACCACAGUGACGACGCGUGAGCCCUCCAACGAGGAGACUGCCAGUCCAGGGAGACAAAAUGCAGUGUGCCUCCCUCCUGCUGCUGGUGGGACUCUGCUCCCUCUCCCGCGCCCAGUACGACGAGGAUCCCCACUGGUGGUUCCACUACCUCCGCAGCCAGCAGUCCACCUACUACGACCCCUACGAGCCCUAUGAGCCCUAUGAGCCCUACCCCUACGGGGUGGAGGAAGGCCCCGUCUAUGCCUACGGCUCUCCGCCACCGCCCGAGCCCCGAGACUGCCCCCAGGAGUGCGACUGCCCGCCCAACUUCCCCACGGCCAUGUACUGUGACAACCGCAACCUCAAGUACCUGCCCUUCGUCCCCUCCCGCAUGAAGUACGCGUACUUCCAGAACAACCAGAUCGCCUCCAUCCAGGAGGGCGUCUUCGACAACGCCACCGGGCUGCUGUGGGUCGCGCUCCACGGCAACCAGAUCACCAGUGACAAGGUGGGCAGGAAGGUCUUCUCCAAGCUGAGGCACCUGGAGAGGCUCUACCUGGACCACAACAACCUGACGCGCAUGCCCGGCCCGCUGCCGCGCUCCCUGAAGGAACUGCACCUCGACUACAACCAGAUCUCCAGGGUCCCCAACAACGCUCUGGAGGGGCUGGAGAACCUCACGGCCUUGUACCUGCAGCACAACGAGAUCCAGGAGGUGGGCAGCGCCAUGAGGGGCCUCGGCUCCCUGAUCCUGCUGGACCUGAGUUACAACCACCUGCGGAAGGUGCCGGACGGCCUGCCCUCGGCCCUGGAGCAGCUGUACCUGGAGCACAACAACGUCUACUCGGUCCCCGACAGCUACUUCCGGGGCUCCCCCAAGCUGCUGUACGUGCGGCUGUCCCACAACAGCCUCACCAACAACGGCCUGGCCUCCAACACCUUCAACUCCAGCAGCCUCCUGGAGCUCGACCUGUCCUACAACCAGCUACAGAAGAUCCCGCCCGUCAGCACCAACCUGGAGAACCUCUACCUGCAAGGCAACAGGAUCAACGAGUUCUCCAUCAGCAGCUUCUGCAGCGUGGUGGACGUCAUGAACUUCUCCAAGCUGCAGGUGCUGCGUCUGGACGGGAAUGAGAUCACGCGCAAUGCCAUGCCGGUGGACGCUCCGCUCUGCCUGCGCCUGGCCAGCCUCAUCGAGAUCUGAGGGCCCUGCCCUGGGCAAGGGGAGGCCCCUGGGCCCCACUGCCUUUGGCUUGAUGGUUUGGUUUGGCUUUUGCUGGAAAGUCUGGGACAGACCCUUGAC